AUGGCGGCUCCUGCACCGCCCCAGGGCUCUCUGCGCCAGCGCAAUGCUGCCUCAGUCAAAAAGCCGACCGACGCGGCUGCUGCCCACGACAAUCAAGAACUCGACAAACUCGUCAAGGCGGCCAAAGCCCACAAGAAGACCGGUAUUGAAUGGGACCACAGCAUUGCGCUGACUGUCAUGACGGUCCUCGGUUUCAUUACCCGUUUCUGGGGCAUUAGCCACCCCAACGAGGUCGUCUUUGACGAGGUUCACUUUGGCAAGUUUGCUUCCUACUAUCUCGAACGCACAUACUUCUUCGAUGUCCACCCGCCCUUUGCCAAGCUCCUCUUCGCCUUCAUGGGCUGGCUCGUCGGCUACAACGGCCACUUCAAGUUUGAAAACAUUGGCGACUCGUACAUUGACAACAAGGUGCCCUACGUCGCCUUCCGCGCCCUUCCUGCCAUCCUCGGCGCCCUCACCGUCUCCGUCACCUACCUCAUCAUGUGGGAGUCCGGCUACAGCGUGCCAGCCUGCCUCGUCGCCACCGUCCUCGUCCUCCUCGACAACGCCCACAUUGGCCAGACGCGCCUCAUCCUGCUCGACGCCACCCUCAUCCUCGCCAUGGCCUGCAGCAUGCUCUGCUACAUCAAAUUCUACAAGCAGCGUCACGAGCCCUUUGGCCGCAAGUGGUGGAAGUGGCUUAUCUUUACCGGCUUCGCACUCUCCUGCGACAUGUCCACCAAGUACGUCGGUACCUUUGCCUUUGUCGCCAUUGGCUCCGCCGUCAUCAUCGACCUCUGGGAACUGCUCGACAUCAAGCGUGUUGGCGGCGCGCUCACCCUGCCCGUCUACGCCAAGCAUUUUUCCGCGCGCGCCCUCGGCCUCAUCAUCAUGCCAUUCAUCUUUUACCUCUUCUGGUUUCAAGUUCACUUUAGCAUCCUGAGCCGCUCCGGCCCCGGCGACGACUUCAUGACCCCAGAGUUUCAGGAAACCCUGAGCGAUAAUAUCAUGCUCGCCAACGCCGUCGAUAUUCAGUACUAUGACAGCAUCACCAUCCGCCACAAGGAGACCAAGGCCUACCUCCAUAGUCACCCCGAAAACUACCCGCUUCGCUACGACGACGGCCGCGUCUCUAGCCAGGGCCAGCAGGUCACCGGAUACCCUUUCAACGACACCAACAACUACUGGCAGAUUAUCCCUUCCAGCGACGACAAGAAGACGGGCGUCAACGUUCUCAACAAUGCCGUCGUGCGCCUCAAGCACGUGUCUACCGACACUAUCCUGCUCUCCCAUGACGUCGCCUCACCUUACUACCCGACCAACCAGGAAUUCACCACCGUGUCCAUCGAGGAUGCUUUUGGCACCCGCGCAAACGACACGCUCUUUGAGAUUCGCAUCGAGCACGGCAAGGCCAACCAAGAGUUCAAAACGGUCGCCGGCCAUUUCAAGCUGAUUCACUUCCCCAGCAAGGUCGCCAUGUGGACGCACACCAAGCCCCUACCUGAGUGGGCUCACAAGCAGCAGGAGAUCAAUGGCAACAAGCAGGUGCCCCCCAGCUCUAACGUCUGGAUCGCCGAGGACAUCCCCUCGCUCGACCCUCAGGACGCUCGACGUGAGAAGGUCGCUCGCAAGGUCAAGCACAUGCCGUUCCUACAAAAGUACUUUGAGCUACAGCGCGCCAUGUUCUACCACAAUAGCAAAUUGACCAGCAGCCACCCCUACGCCAGCCACCCCUACCAGUGGCCCCUCCUGCUACGCGGUGUCAGUUUCUGGACCCAGAACGAUACGCGUCAACAAAUCUACUUUGUUGGCAACCCCCUCGGCUGGUGGUUCGCCAGCGGUCUCCUCGCCAUCUAUGCUGGCAUUGUCCUCGCCGACCAGAUUUCUCUCCGCCGCGGCAUCGACGCACUGGAUCGCCGCACCCGCUCCAAGCUCUACAACUCGACUGGUUUCUUCUGGCUUUGUUGGGCCACCCACUACUUUCCCUUCUUCCUGAUGGGCCGUCAGCUCUUCUUGCAUCACUACCUGCCCGCGCAUCUCGCCUCGUGUCUGGUGGCCGGCGCCCUCGUCGAGUUUGUCUUCACCACUGGCGCGGCCCCUGGCACCGACAGGCCGGGCCAGAAGCACCUCACCGCCAAGGAGCGCUUUGGGGGUCAGAGCCUCAUCGGCGUCUGGAUAGCCUCGGGAGUUAUCACUGCCGUUAUUGCCGGCGGCUGGUAUUUUUUCCUGCCGCUGACAUAUGGCUACCCCGGCCUGUCCGUCUCCGAGGUGCUAGCGAGAAAGUGGCUCAACUACGACCUGCACUUUGCCAAAUAG